GGCGUGAAGCCGCCUCAAGCACGCACGUGUGCGCCCGCGCGCGAGAGCUCCUGACUUCUUGUAUUUUAGUGCAACGUUUUCGGCCAAGUUUUUAGUGUUGUGCGCGAAAUUCGUUCACGUGUGAGAGAAGUGUCUUCGUCGGAAUUUUUUAUUUGUAGAAAACGCGCGCAUACUUGGGAAAACGCGAGGGUUCUUAUACACUGUGAUCAAUAAAAAAUCCAAAAGCUCAAGGCACUCGUUCCUCCUGAAAAGCGAGAAGCGAGCCGAGCGAAAUCAUCAAGAUAUCAUAUAAUUAUAAUACCGCAGCGCGUCGGUCAUCGCUGAAACUGUAAUACACAUAUCGCGCAUACGCAAUCCUCCUCUCGCGAGAUUACGAUUAGCCGAGGAGACACGCACGCGCGACGAGCGUUGACAUUUUCUCGGACACUGCCACACAUAGUUCGUGCGCGAAUCUGCCGAUGAUGUGUAUCGAGCGUGGGACGCUCUAGUUCGGCCGUUAUAUUGAGAGGAAAAUCACGCGCGCACGUGCGUCGCUUUCGAAGCGUCCCUUAUUCGGCGCGAGAUUAGAAUGUGGAGCGAUUGAGUCAAGUGCAAGGGGAUAAGAUUCUCGGAACCGGCGAUAAGCCGUUCCGUUUUUUUUUGGGGAUGAGUUUGGGCUCUUGAUGAUCCGACGCAGUGCGAUAAGCUCGUUACGAGCGAGCAAGAGGUCAGUUACUUUGUGAAGCGUUUGCGUUGUGUGACAGAUCUUCGAACGCUACUUUUAAAUUCGCCCGUAAUACACCAUUGUGGCAGUUCAUUUAUUUUCACAGCGAUCUCAUCAAGCAAAAACUCAGCCAUAACCCGUCGUUUCUGCCCAUUCGAGUCGUUUAACGGAUUAAGCGCACACGGCCGCAUGACUCGUAAAAGCUAUCUAUUAUCUGCGAAAUUCGCAGCGCGUUAAAAUGAAAACUUGGGUAUAAAGCGCCUCGUUCAUCUCUCGUGGUACCGAAAAAAGCUCGUCACCGUCGUCGGCAUUCGAUUUAGAGCGCCGAAACGGAAACCCGCGAGUAUACCGGCGAUAAAAGCUCACGCGGGGGAGCUAUAUGCGACUUUAAUAUACGCGCGAGCGCUACACGCGGCGUUUGACACCGAAAUAGAACGGGUUUAUGUAGAGGUACACACGCGUGUGGUUUUCGAACCGAUACACGAGGGAGGGAUUUUUUUUCGGGCGACGAUAUUUGUUGUAUCGCGCUGGCAGUGGUAUAAUCUGUGAGAAACUUAAUUUUUGUCAAUCGUAGAUAUCUUUAAUAAUGUCUUUAAGUUUUCAUAGACAUCCCAACAAACGAAAGCCAUAAGUGCACCGCGCGUUUCUCUCCAGAAAUCCGGCCCAGCUGUUCUCCAUUCAAAAGCUUUUUAAUCAGCAUUUUAUAUCGAAAAAAGUAUUCAACGUAAGACGUUUCAAAAGCACUUUAAACGAAAUCAAUAACAGUAUAAAACGAUUCUCGCUUAAUCGCUCCGUACACGAAUUCCCCUGUAGAGCCCAAAUGAACCUAACGGGUCGCGGGACACGCUCCAAAAGCUUCGUAUAUAAGUACAUACACGCGGAGGAAGGGAUUAACGAUCACAGCGUUCAUUUUCGCGCGCGCGCGCGAGUCGAUUCUUUUUUUUCUUCUUUUGGAGGUGCGACGAAAGACUUUCUCGAGAACCGGUACGAGUCGUUCUUUUCUGCGUUGCUCUUCUUUCGUGUUGCUUUUUUCGCUCGAAGAUUACACAUGCGGUUGGAACAACUUUUUGGCGGUAGUCGGGCGUCCUUAUUGUUUAAUACCCGCGUAUGAGAGAUUAAGCUGUGAUUAAGAUGGAUUAUUUUAAAUAUUUUAGUAGUAGCUUUAAAAUAUUUUUCUUUUUGUAUUCUCACUUGAGCUUUAAAUAUUGCACAGCAAAGUUAAUUCCAGCUUGAUUAAAACUUCAUUGCACACCUUCUAUAGCUGCUGAAUGAAAACACCUUAAAUUCACCCACAUCAGCAUCAUUAAUAUCUCCAUCCAAGCAGGAAACAUGCUCUUGCAUCGCAUGCCAAGCGCUUAAACCGCGAGACACACAUUAAUUUUUCAAAGUGCAAUGCACUUGGAAUCUCGGGAGGGAAAGAGAGAGAUGGCAUGUCCGAGUAGUCGACCGCGUUUCUCGGACGAUCGUCUCGUCGUCGCAAACGCGUAAGACACAGAUCUGAGAGAUCAGUGGUUCGACGCUAAUUUUCCGCUUCCUCUAUCGCGACCCGAAUUGUAUUAUGCAAUUGCUAACGCAAUCGCCUAGCGACGAGGAGGGAUGAUGAUUCUGCUGGCUUGUGAAUUGAGCUUUUGGAUUUUACAAAAAAUUAAUUCGCUGUGAAUUACUGCGUUUUGAAUUUCUUGCUGCAAGAGCGUAGAAUACGUAUUCGGUUCUUAUUAUAGUUUCGAGGCAUGAGGUAGUAUAGACGUUGCGCUCGUAACAAUGGGGUUUACGCUUUGCUUUCUAUGUUUAGCUGUACUUUUGAUGCAUCGUCAGUUCAUUUUGAAUAUACAAGCUUUCGCAAUGCCCGGUGAAACUGAUUUUGAAGUUCUUUAGCAAUCUCUAAUAAUAAUAUUUGAAGUGACUUAGCUAAAUCUCGCACAGCGAAGAAAUCCAAACGGCAGAAUUCACAGUAAAAAAAUUAAUCACGUCCCAAAAACUCUCCAGUCGGUCGCGGUCGCAUCAUCGACGAAAGCGAAAAAGCGUCUCGGCACAUCUGUUGAGACGAUAGCGGCACUUCCUGAAAACCCCGGCGGCAGUAGCAUCAUCUCAUCCGCUGCAGCAACAGCUGAUAAAAGACGCCAGUCGUCCGCCUCGGCAGUUCCAGAGCGCGUGCAUACGAGCCGGGAGAGACGGUUUCGAAGCUGAAGAUGUGGAUUUUUUGUGCGUUUGAAAACAUUGUCGAACGACACAACGUGUGUGAAUAAGACGGACUGAGUGUUUUAGGAGAUGGAGACUUCUUUUUCAAUUUGUGAUUUGCGGUGUUAGUGAUGUGAUAUUUCCAUGUGUUCAUACUGUGAGGUGACUUUUUACUAUGGCCGAGAUGAAGGAUUUCACGGCCGAGUGCUUGAACUUUGUGCUCCUGGGCAUUUGCACCAAAGUCUUUUAUUUCGCGCUUGGGCUCAGCGCCGAGUAUCACAAGGCCCAGUUGGAGGCCCACUUGAAGCUGCACAACGAGAAAUGGUCAGCGGACGACUACAAGCGCUGCAAGCUCUGCCGCAAGCAGUUCACCCAACCCGUCCUCUAUCGCCAGCACUUACGCGAUCACUACAAAAUGCAGACCAAGUGCCCCAAGCAGACGAAGCGCGGGGUCACGUUCGGCACUAUUUACAAGUGCAGACUGUGUCUGAAGUCCUUCGAAAAGCCCAGUCAACUGGCCCGGCACAUCAGGGUGCACACCGGCGAGAAACCCUACAAGUGCAAUCUGUGCAGCCGAAGCUUUUCGCAAAAGGGCUCCGUGAGGAUUCACAUGUGGCAGCACAACGGCAUCAGGCCUUACAGCUGUUCCCUUUGCAAGGCUAAAUUCAGUCAAAAAGGCAACUUGAACGCACACGUGCUGCGAGUGCACAAGAUCCAGGGAGGCGCGCCGAUCUACCGCUGCACGCGCUGCCCCUGUGUUUUCAAGAAGCUCGGCAGUCUGAACGGCCACAUGAGACGAGCGCACGCCGGCGCCGAGGAUGGGACCACCGAGGAAACCGCCGAGGAGGUCCAAGAAUCUCAGGAGACGACCGUUGACCCCACCGAAAACGUGGUAGAUACACCGUCGGAAGCAGAACCGAGAGCGGAGACGACGGAACUGCCCAAGGACGUUGAGGAUGGUUUCGUUCUCACGGAUGACAAGGAGCAGACGGCCGUCGUUACGCUUUUGGAUAAGGUUGCCAAUGAUGCCAAGGGGAAGUACGUUAAGCUGAAGCAGCGGUUUGUAAAUAACUGUAUACAGUACGAAUGCGAUUUCUGUGAUAAAACGUGCAAGAAGCCAUCGGACCUCAUGAGGCAUUUGAGGGUACACACGCGGGAAAGGCCUUUCAAGUGCAAGACGUGCGAUCGAUCGUUUACCCUCAAGUCCACCUUAAUGACGCACGAGAAGCUUCACGAGAAUGCUGGAAAGUACAAGUGCCAAAACUGCGACAUGGCUUUCAAUACGGAAAAUGCUCUCAGAGCUCACGACAAAACUCACAACAAAGUUCACAAAUGCAUGAUCUGCGUAAAAACCUUCUCGAGCUUCGAGCGUUUACGGGAGCACUCCAUGACUUUGCACAUGGGCCGCAAGGUCCAGUCGAGCCGUCAGAAAACGCAACUGCCAUCGGAAGUGCAGAACCUAACGCCCAAAGUCGUGUUGAAGGAGCCGCUCGUCUUAACCGAGCUUAGCAGCGGUUUGCUUCACGCCCAGCCCAAGUUCGCGAGGACCAGCAAGCUGGCCCAUAUCAAGGGAAGGCCCCACAAGUGCCAGACCUGUGCAGCCGCUUUUACUAAACUCAGUCAUCUUAAACAGCAUGUUCGAAUGCAUACCGGGGAAAGGCCGUUCGUCUGCCCUAUUUGCGACAGGAGUUUCACGACUAACGGCGCCCUUAAAGCACAUCGCCGUACGCACGACAUGCUAAAACCUUACCAAUGUACGAUAUGUAGCAUGAAUUUUUCUACCUUGAGUAGUAUGAAGAGGCAUCAUGUUACGCACAGCAAUAAAAGACCAUUUAUGUGUCCGUACUGCAAUAAAACCUUCAAAACGACGGUGAACUGUAAGAAGCACAUGAAACUACAUAAACAAGAAAUCGCGCAACAGCAAAUAGAGAGCCAGAAGAAACAGCAACAGCAGUCUUCAAAUUCGGAUGCAAUAGAGACAAUUCCUGCGACAGAACCAACCACUACCAUUAAUCAGCAAAUCACUUUUAAGCCUAUAGCAACUGACAUAACGCAAAACUUGAAUGAACAACUUCAAAUAAUGAACAACAAUAAUGCUCCUGAAUCGAAUUCUACGUUAUCUCAAAAUAUACACGUAUCGUGUCAGCAAGAAAAGAAUAUAUCCGUAGUAGAAAACUCUAACAUAGGUUCGACCCAAACAUUGCAUGCCGACGAGACCGGCACUAUUACCCUAUCUAACUAUACGGGUGACCCGACACUUACACCUGAAAGUAUUAGAGUAAUAGAAGAAACUCUGAACCAACAAUUAUCUAAUAUCGGACUAAACAUGGCACUUAACAGCAGCGUUAGGCAGAUUGAGGAACAUAAUAGUACUUCUACAGUUAACAGGGAUCAACCAACGUUGAGCAUUAUUUACGACAAAACUGUGGCAUCACCUAUGAAUACGAAUACCAUGAGUACAAAUGUUUUUUCUCCCCAAUACGAAGGUUUUGAUAUCAAUCAAAUAACUCUACAGGGUGACAAUGAAAUUGAUUUGGGAAUAAUACAAAACAAUUCGUCACAGACGACGAAUAUUUUACCAAAUAUGAUACAAAAUCAAAAUUACAGUUUGCAAUUUCUCAAUAAUGAUCUUUACGUGAAUACAAUUCUUAAACAAAGCCAAGUGAAUCAGUUAAAAGACAAUAAUCAUUUGCAUGAAUCGAUGAAAGUCGUAACAAGUGAUCAAGUUUGUAGUGACGCGAAUAAAGCUUCGGACAAAGAAAAUAAUUUACAAUGUCAUUUGUGCAACAUGCAAGAAUUAAGUAUUGACGACUUAAAGGAACAUCUUAAAACUCACCAAGAGCCUAAAGAAUUUGAAUGCAUCCAAUGUCUUGCGAAAUUUCGUACUACUGCAGGCCUCAAGAGGCAUAUGAAGACUCACGAGACACAGGAGACUCAUAAAUGCUACGAAUGCAAUCAAGAAUUUUCUACGACGUUGCAGCUUAGAGAACAUAUAAAAGAGCAUGUCAAACACGAAUUAAAACUGAAAAAUGUAGUGGAUGCUGAUUGUAUGCCUAAUAAUAUUAAAAAAGGAAAAAAAGACAAUACUGCCAAUAAGGAUAACAAAUGUCAAUACUGCCCAAAGACCUUCCGAAAACCCAGUGAUCUCAUAAGGCAUAUUAGAACGCAUACCGGUGAGCGACCAUAUCAGUGCCAAUAUUGCGAUAAGAGUUUUGCUGUUAAGUGCACAUUGGAUUCUCAUUUGAAAGUACAUAAAGGCGAUAAAUUGUUCGGUUGCAAUGUGUGCAAUACCAUGUUUACAACAAAGAGCAGUCUCAAAGUUCAUUUACGACUCCAUACAGGAGCUAAACCAUUUAAGUGUUCGAUUUGUGACAUGCAGUUUCGCACCUCCGGCCACCGUAAAGUUCACGAGAUGUCCCACAUGCGGGAAAGUAAACCCAUAGACCAGCCAACUUUGAUUGACGGAAGUUUAGACUCGGUAAAUACCGUAGAAUCAGCAGAAUCACCUACUGACACCCGAAUUGUGCAAAUCGUACACACAGUGCCUGUUCAUCAACAAUUAGAACAACAAAACGCGAAUCUCUUCAAUUUCAAUUCUAACAACAUUACGAUAAAUCCACAACAAGUAAGCUUCAGCAUGGAUGAUGGAUCGAGCCUGUUGAGUUUGAACGAAAACAAUCAGUUAGUGGCGAAUCUAGACUUUUUACUGGCUAACGGCUUGGUCAAUAUAUCAUCUGAAGGUCUGCAGUUGACUGACGAUUAUGUCGCGCAGAAGAUGCAAGAAGAGCCAAAUGAUGCUGAUGCACAAGUAAUCUUUGCGAGUGAAUUGCCGGUCACGGAUGUACAAAUAGCACAAGGGAUGCAUCCAGAUCCGAGUAGCAUCGAUAUGGAAAACUGCAUGGUUCUGCCGUUAGAAAACUUCGAUUCUUUUUUGGAAGGGAAAAAUGAUGAGGAUGAACUAAAAGAGGAUGAUAGCCCAAGUACGACAGGACCACGCUACGACUGUGAAAUUUGCGGUAAAUCGUUCUCCAAACCUUGUCAGGUCGAGCGGCACAUCCGCGUACACACAGGUGAACGUCCAUUUAAGUGUGAAACUUGCAACAAAUCAUUCUCCCAGAAAUCAUCAUUACAAUUACAUCAAAAAAGUCACACCGGCGAACGGCCUUACGCCUGUCCACAUUGCGAUCAAUCGUUUACUCAAAGCGGUAACCUUCAGACCCAUGUGCGUCGUAAGCACAAACUUGAGUCUGGAAAACGCCAACAGUUUGUCAAUGUUAAUUAUUUUGAUCCGAAUAAAAUUCUAACGUCGGAACAGCAGCAACUUAUGUUUGAUAGAUCGAUAGGGUUUGAGGAUAUGUCGAUCGUUGAGUUGCUUAAUUGAGGCUUUAGAAAAGUAAAUCUUGUUAGUAUUAUGAUUUUUGACCCAGUGAAUGCAAUAAGAUUAUGGUCUGACUGCAUUUGUUAAAAUAGCUAAUUUUCUAAAAUUCGCUUUAUUUUAGUCAUGCGCUGAUGCCUUUGAAUAAUCAAACCAAUAACAAUCAAAACUUACUGUAAAUCUUUACGAUAAAUCAAAUAGAAUAGAAUUGUAUUCUAAGUACACUAUUUCUGAAGUACUUGACUUUUUAUUUCUACUUCGUACGAAAUACAGAUUUAGUGUACUUCUGUAAAAUUAAUAAUAUACGAAUAUUUUUGUAAUUUUGUAUUGAAUAGAGGUAAUAAGCUAGAAAAUAUUUUUUAGAGAUACGUCUCUAUUGAUGCUAAUAGUUAUACGUUAACAAUUAUGAAUUCUAAAUGAUAUGUUUUUUAACUUUAGCUAAUUCUAUUGAUAUUAUAUAAUUGCAAAGACUGAAAUAUUUAAUAUGGAGUACUAUAGCGCCUGUAAGUUGGGCUAAAAUAUAAAUCCUUGGUGCAAACUCAGCCUAAUGAACUUGGAACACAAUCAGUGUUAAAUUGUUUAUUUUAGUGCAAUCAUGUAUUCAUAAAUUUAAAAACUGUUAUUAGUUGGUUAGCUAAUGCUGGUCGAUAUUCUUGACUUGAUUUUUGUAUAUUUGAGCUUUUUCAACUAUUGCAUGCCAUGAAAUUACUUAAAUCUAUUCACGUAAUCACUACAUUUUUUUUAUGCCUCAAGUGACUUAAAAAGAAAACAGAAUUAUAUUUUGCGUAGUAUAAAAAAAAUGUAUGAAUCUAGUUGAAAAUACAAUAUGUUGGAUUAAAGUAAAAAGAAAGCUGUUAAAAUUGACUGUUAAUAAAUUAAAUUUAUUCUGAG